AUGGCCAAUUCUGACAGUACAAGUACAGAUGAAUUUGAGAAUCCAAAAGUAGAAAACGCAGAGAAAGCGAAGUGCAAAGUACGAGAAAUAUUCGGAGAUGAAACGACCAAGGCCUUCGAAGCUGAAGAAUUGUUAAACGAAGAAAGAAUUAAGGAUUUGAUGACAAGAGAUGCUGAUACCCCAAUCUUUGGCAGGCUUGGCCUGACAUAUGGAAAAGCUGUUCGCUUCAAAGCCGAAUUUAAAAAACUCUUUUCUGAACGAAAGAUCGUCUCUGGAAGAAGGGCAUCACCUGCAAAUGUAAAACCUCGAAUGGAGGAUAUAGCCUUCUUCUCCCCGGAACAAAAGAGCGCCUACCUACUAAAACGGAAAAGGAUUGGAAUGUUAGCAUCAACCCAAUGGAAGGGAGUUGUACCAAAGUGCAAUAAUCCCAAGGCAAAAGCAGAGUUGGCAAGUUUUGCUUCUGAAAUUACUCCCCAGUGUGGUAUGCCAGAAGUAGGAUUUAACGAAGAGGGAAUCGUAAAACAUGUGCAGGCCUACUUCAACGAACAACGAAGGUAUAGGAGGAAAAAAUCUGAUUCAAAGAGAAAAUGUUUGAGUGAUGAAGAUCCCAAGCUUCCUGAACUACAUGAAGAUGUGCUAACUUCUGUGUCAGAGAGUGAUAAUGAUGCAUGCAAAAGAGUCAAGUCUGUUCAAAAGGUCAGUCUUGGAGAAGGUGACACUGAAAUACAGUCACAAGAAAGUGACGAUGACAUGACAGUGUCAACUGUUUCAGUUGAUUCAACGGAGGACUCUGUGGAGGAGGCCAGAGAUGCAUCAACAGCAAUGGAUGGUGUUCCCAAGUUAAAGCGUGCUGUUGAGAAAAUUACAGUUAGUCUGUCACUAAAGGGUUAUCAGAUGAUUGUUAAAUCAGUAUUUCGUGAACAGCUCGAUUGA